AUGUCGCGUAAACAGAACCGGCCGAUGAGCAUGGAAUCCGUGCUAGACGAAGAGAGGAAGGAAGUUCUGGCGCUUUUAAGCAACUCUCCUGCAAGGCGCGUGGACUCGACAUCGUCAGUCUCUGAGAGGUCAAUUUCGCCGCGGGGACCACGAUCGCCCGUUCGGAGCAUGUUAGAUGUCGGUGAUGACAACGCGAGCAUAUCGAGUUCAAGCAGCAGGAGGAACGUCCCUCUCGGGUCCCCGCCGCCGGUCCGCAGCAUGCUGGACAUCGACACACCGCCCCCGAAACCGUCCACCAGCAGACCCAACUCCCCGGAAGAACUCAAACCACCACCAUCGAGCAAAGUCAGGUCGAUGUCAGACACGAGCUCGGUGCCAUCUUUCGGCCCGCGGGCUGGUCGGGGACGCCCCGAUCCCACUUCGGACUACAAAUUUGCCAACAUCAUCACAGGCAGUGCAGGCCAAGGCUUGCCCAAGCGCCACUCCCCGGCGGCUGAUGCGCUCAGGGGCCAUGAUCUAUCCAGCGUGGCACGGGGCGGGGAAAGAGGAGGACAUCACUAUCUCUCCGGGCGCACGGGACGGAGAAGCAUAAGUGCGGGCCGCGGUAGUAAGUCCAGGUCUCCGCAUGGCCGUCUGGGAUGGGGUAAUCUCAUGCCCAACACAUCGGGCCGCUUGCAACAAACACCGGGAAUAGCGGUCCUGGACGAUGGCACGGUGGUCGACAUCAGUCACGCAUACCGCAAGCUGUCCGAUGCCAACCUGGCUGCCUCCCGGGGCAGCCUGUCACAGCUCCCGGCUAUGAAGCGGCCGAGCGCAGCGGAGGAACCAGGCAGCGGCCGUCUAGCCAAGGACUAUCUCCUACCGGACGACGAGGACGAAUAUGCCGACAGCAGCGACGACGAUAAUAAUACCAACGAUAGUUCUGAUGACGAAGGCGUCGAGGUCGCUGCUCGGCAACCUCAACCCCGUUACAGGUCCUUACUCGACGAACCACAGAUCACAGUAACUGGCCCUGGUGGCGAGAGAGCGAGGUCGACGAAACCGGCCGUGCACCCGUCAACGGCGUUCGACCACACGCCGGGUUCUGAACCGCCGUCAGCCUUAGCUUCGGACGACGAUCAAGAAGUAACAGACAUCAAACGGGCGCAGAAGCUCAAAUUCCAGAUGACUCCCAUCAUUUCGACGCACGAGUCGUGCCGCGCAGUUCGUGUAAUCUAUCGCGGCGAAUACGACGAACUUCGGAAAACAGCCACAGAAGACAACCGCAGGCUGCGGAAGUACCUCGUGGCAACGGACCUGAGCGAGGAGUCAAACCACGCGCUGGAAUGGGCGGUCGGGACAGUUCUUCGCGACGGCGAUACGCUCCUCGCCAUAUACUGUGUGGACGAGGAGACGGGCAUCUAUUCGAGCGACGACGCGCUGGUACCGGACGAUACCAGGGCGCACAAGGAGCAGGCGGCGGCCAUCGAGGCGGUGACGUCGGCGAGAGAGCCGUCUUCGGCAUCAACACCCAUGUUCUCGCAGCUGGCGCGGGCGUCGGGGCUCGGAUUCGGGUCCCGGAGCUCGUCCCCGGCGCCGGGCACCAGUCGGGAGCGGGAGAGGGAGCGCGAGCGCGAGCGGGCGGAAGAGGAGCGGCGACGAGCGGUGGAUGAGAUCACGGAGCGGGUUACGAAGCUGCUGCGGAAGACGAAUCUGCAAGUCAAGGUGGUGGUGGAGGUGAUACACUGCAAAAACCCCAAGCAUCUCAUCACGGAGGUGAUCGACUUGGUCAAUCCGACCUUGGUCAUCCUCGGGAGUCGGGGACGCAGCGCUCUUAAGGGCGUCAUCUUGGGUUCAUUCUCUAAUUACCUAGUGACGAAGAGCUCAGUACCCGUGAUGGUGGCGAGGAAGAGGCUCAAGAAACAGAGCAAGUAUAAAAGAGGUCCGAUGCGACAAGUCAACAACCUCAGCAACCCAGUAGCUCGGAGUUUAGCCAAUGCCAAGGUCGAUUAG